UCCAUCUUUGGGGAAACAAAAACAACCAUGGCCCACCUCAACACUCAACCAAACCCUCUUUAAUUAUUUAUUAUUCUUCCCUCCAAUCUUCAUCCAACGCUCCAAAAUCGCCCACCCCAUCCUGCGAUCAAAUAUUACCUUCCCUCCCAACAACACCAUCGCCUUACUCUGCUUCCCUUCAGAUCUGGCCGCCAAAAACCAAACCAGACCAAACAAAACCUUAGCAUCCCCCAAGGCGGACCGUGCUGUCGGCGAUGGUGGAGGCGCAGACAUGGACCACGCGUCGAAUGAGCAAUCCUAGGCUCGACAGUACGGAGCAGGUGCUCGACAUUCCGCCCACGCCGCCGGGGGAGCACCGUAACAGUUUCGGAUCCAACGGCGGAGGACUCUCGCCGACGGUGGUUACCGCCCUCAUCAUUGCGUCGUGGUACCUAUCCAACAUCGGCGUCCUCCUCCUGAACAAGUACCUCCUCAGCUUCUACGGCUACCGCUACCCCAUCUUCCUCACAAUGCUCCACAUGCUAUCCUGUGCCGCCUACUCCUACGCCUCCAUCAACUUUCUCGAAAUCGUUCCCCUCCAACACAUCCACUCCAAGAAGCAGUUCCUCAAGAUCCUCGCCCUCAGCGCCAUAUUCUGUUUCUCCGUCGUCUGCGGCAACACCUCGCUCCGCUACCUUCCCGUCUCCUUCAACCAAGCCAUCGGCGCGACGACGCCGUUUUUCACCGCCAUCUUCGCCUUCGUAAUCACCUGCAAGAAGGAAACGGCGGAGGUUUACCUGGCGCUUUUGCCCGUUGUCUUUGGGAUCGUGGUUGCUAGCAAUAGCGAGCCUUUGUUUCAUCUGUUCGGGUUUUUGGUGUGUGUCGGUUCAACUGCUGGUCGAGCUUUGAAGUCAGUGGUUCAGGGGAUUCUCUUGACCUCUGAAGCGGAGAAGCUUCACUCCAUGAACUUGCUUCUCUACAUGGCUCCCUUGGCGGCUUUCAUACUGUUACCGUUUACACUCUACAUCGAAGGGAAUGUGUUCGCUCACACUGUGGAGAAAGCCAGGGGAGAACCCUUUAUUUUGUUCUUGCUGCUUGGGAAUGCCACCGUCGCUUAUUUGGUCAACUUGACCAACUUUUUGGUGACGAAGCACACCAGCGCGUUGACGCUUCAGGUGUUGGGGAAUGCCAAAGCCACCGUGGCGGCGGUGGUUUCGGUUUUGAUUUUCAGGAAUCCGGUGACGGUUAUGGGAAUGGCGGGGUUCGGAAUCACGAUCAUGGGGGUGGUGCUUUACAGCGAAGCAAAGAAGAGGUCCAAAGUUACGACUCAUUGAUUGAUUCGCACGAAGCCGUUUCUUUUUCUCCUGUGCCUUUUCAUAAAGCCAUUAUAAACCGACCCUGCAUCUUCGGGUUCAAAUGUACAAUUGAACACAUUGAGUUGUAUAAAUUGAGUUGAUGUUGGGAAGCAUGUUUCUUGGCUUUCUUAUGGUCAAUGCGUAAUGUGGCCGCUAAACUAAGUGAACAGUGGCAUAUCUGAAAAGACUGUCAUGUUUCAUACUCACCACCACCAAUCACUUAUGUCCUAAACUGUGCUUUAAGCUUCAAUGUGGUUACACUUCAACAACAACCAUCUAAAAUAUUGAAAAAUGACAUUCAUUGCAUCCAUUUGGCCUAAUGUAUGAAACUAGCUGCUGUUACUCCAUCUUAGUCAA